CGUCAUCAACAGCUCAAAGUGUAAACUCCGAACUUUGAUCACUUCUUCCCACUACACACCUCACCCUCUACUCGCACAUUUGUGUCAUCGCGGAAAUCUUUUCAACUUCUUCAUAAUAUUCAUCAACAACCUCGCGAAGGAUUUAACCUUUCUUUGCGAUUUUCCCCCAUUUCCCAUCUUCGUUUUUGAGCAGUGCUCGCACCUCUUUCCACCCACCUUAUCCACCUACAUUUUCCACCCACUCUUGAAUUACGACAAACACAUUCACCCGCCUAGCAAUUAAUAUGGCGCCUGAUCCCGAUCACAAGAAGAAGGCCAAUUUGGCCGAUGUCUCCGGCGCUGAGCCCAAAGACGAGAACGAUACAUCCACGGCUAUCCUCAAGAAGAAGAAGAAGCCAAACCAGUUGAUGGUCACCGAUGCCGUGAACGAUGACAAUUCUAUCAUUGCCCUCUCCAACAACACCAUGGAGCAGCUCCAGCUGUUUCGUGGUGAUACCGUCCUCGUGCGAGGCAAGAAGAGAAAGGACACCGUAUUGAUUGUUCUUGCUGAUGAUGAUCUUGACGACGGCAGCGCCCGACUCAACCGAGUCGUCCGUCACAACCUGCGCGUCAAGCAUGGUGAUAUUAUUACUAUUCACGCAUGCCCAGAUAUCAAAUACGCCAAGCGUAUCGCGGUGCUCCCUAUCGCUGAUACCGUUGAGGGUCUCACCGGCUCCCUCUUCGACGUCUUCCUUGCCCCAUACUUCCGAGAAGCGUACCGACCUGUCCGCCAGGGUGAUUUAUUCAUCGUUCGAGGCGGCAUGAGACAAGUUGAAUUCAAGGUUGUGGAGGUUGACCCUCCAGAGUAUGGCAUCGUUGCCCAAGACACCGUGAUCCACUGCGAAGGUGAUCCUAUCCAACGCGAGGAAGAGGAGAACAACCUCAACGAAGUCGGUUACGACGACAUUGGUGGCUGCCGCAAACAAAUGGCUCAGAUUCGUGAGAUGGUCGAACUACCUCUACGCCACCCACAACUUUUCAAGUCGAUUGGUAUUAAGCCCCCGCGUGGUGUCUUGCUUUACGGACCUCCUGGUACCGGUAAGACUCUCAUGGCUCGGGCUGUGGCUAAUGAGACUGGCGCUUUCUUCUUCUUGAUCAACGGCCCCGAAAUUAUGUCCAAGAUGGCCGGUGAAUCCGAAUCAAAUCUACGAAAGGCGUUCGAGGAGGCCGAGAAGAACUCGCCAGCCAUCAUCUUCAUUGACGAAAUUGACUCUAUCGCCCCAAAGCGAGAGAAGACAAAUGGUGAAGUCGAGCGACGUGUGGUCUCUCAGCUUCUUACCCUGAUGGAUGGCAUGAAGGCUCGAUCUAACGUUGUCGUCAUGGCUGCCACCAACCGACCUAACUCCAUUGACCCAGCGCUGAGACGUUUCGGUCGUUUCGAUCGGGAGGUCGAUAUCGGCAUUCCUGAUCCCACUGGUCGUCUUGAGAUCCUUCAAAUUCACACGAAGAACAUGAAGCUUGGUGAUGACGUCGAUCUCGAGCAGAUUGCGGCCGAGACUCAUGGUUACGUCGGUUCUGAUGUCGCCGCUCUCUGCUCGGAAGCUGCCAUGCAACAAAUCCGAGAGAAGAUGGAUCUCAUUGACCUUGACGAAGAUACCAUCGACGCUGAAGUACUGGACUCGCUAGGUGUCACUAUGGAGAACUUCCGAUUUGCCCUUGGUGUUUCGAACCCGUCCGCUCUGCGCGAAGUCGCUGUUGUCGAGGUCCCCAAUGUCCGAUGGGAAGAUAUCGGAGGUUUGGAAGAGGUCAAGCAAGAUCUCAAGGAGAGCGUCCAGUACCCUGUCGACCAUCCCGAGAAGUUUCUCAAGUUUGGUCUUUCUCCAUCACGUGGUGUCCUAUUCUACGGCCCACCUGGUACUGGUAAAACAAUGUUGGCCAAAGCUGUUGCGAAUGAGUGCGCAGCAAACUUCAUCUCCGUGAAAGGUCCUGAGUUGUUGAGUAUGUGGUUUGGUGAGUCUGAGAGCAACAUUCGAGACAUUUUCGACAAGGCCCGCGCUGCUGCUCCUUGCGUGGUUUUCUUGGAUGAGUUGGAUUCGAUUGCCAAGGCCCGUGGUGGAUCUGUUGGUGAUGCUGGCGGUGCCUCUGACCGUGUUGUCAACCAGCUUCUGACUGAAAUGGACGGCAUGACCUCAAAGAAGAACGUCUUCGUUAUCGGAGCCACGAACAGACCCGAGCAGCUUGAUCCGGCUUUAUGCCGUCCGGGUCGUCUCGACUCGCUAAUUUACGUGCCAUUGCCCGAUGAGGCCGGUCGCCUCAGCAUUCUCUCGGCCCAACUCCGCAAGACGCCAGUCGCUGGCGAUGUCGACCUUAACUACAUUGCAUCCAAGACUCACGGUUUCUCCGGUGCUGAUCUCGGAUUCAUCACUCAGAGAGCUGUCAAGAUUGCGAUCAAGGAGUCUAUCACUCUUGAUAUCGAGCGACAACGUGCCCGUGAAGCCGAAGGCGCUGGCGACAUGGAUGUCGAUGAGGAUGUUGAGGACCCUGUUCCGGAGUUGACCAAACGCCAUUUUGAGGAGGCUAUGCAAAUGGCCCGAAGAUCCGUCAACGACGUAGAGAUCCGCAAAUACGAGGCUUUCGCUCAGCAGAUGAAGAAUGCUGGACCCGGUGCGUUCUUCAAGUUCCCUACCGCUGUUGGCAGCGGUGAUGGUGCAGCUCCUGGUGGCGAUAACAACUUCGGCCAAGCCGGUGAUGAUGAUGGUCUAUACGACUAAGCCCAGUCACGCAUUGAAUUUGGUGGUCAAUUAACAACUGCUCCUGUAACCUUAUCUCUUAAUUGCCGUGCGCCUCUACACGAUCCACGAAACCACGUUUUACUUGGAACUACGUGGACAUGAUGACGACGUCCUACAUAGUUGCAGUUCAGAAAAGGGGAUUGCAUUUCUAAUAGACUUGGGGCCGUCAGUUCCGGGAACGGAACAAGGCCGAUUUCUUUGCGCGAUGAAAGUCAUGGCUUUUAAUGCUGGGCAAACUUGCCAAAAAUGCUGUUAACCCCCAACCACGAUGAGAUAUGGUACCACACACAUGCCGCCUUGCGGCAAGCACAGGUAGUCUACGAUAGAUUCAUAAAUUGACUUUACUUUGCCCGUA